AUGUAUAAAUACUUUUUCAUUCAAUUCAACGAGAAACCAACUUGUCUUAUUUGUCGUGAAUCUGUGGCUGUUUAUAAAGAAUUUAAUAUUCAGAGGCAUUAUGAAACCAAACACAAAUCAAAAUAUGAAAGUAUUAAAGAUAAGGCUCGCGAAUCUAAAUUGGAGUUAUUAAAAAAAAAAUUCGCGGACGAGACAAGCGCUGUCAAAAGUAUGUUUUCGCGACAAGUAAAAGGAAAGGACGAUAUCGUUACAGCAAGUUAUAAGAUUGCAAAUCUUAUUGCGAAAGACCAACAAGCGCUUAAUAGUGGCGAGUUUAUUAAAAAGUGCAUCAUCGCAGCUAUUGAAGAAAUCGCUCCUGAGAAAUGCUCUGCAUUCAAAGAAAUAAGUCUAUCUCGGCCCACCAUUACUCGUCGCAUUGAAGACAUUGGUAAAAAUUUACAAGAUCAGAUGCAAACAAAAGCAGAACAGUUUUCUUUUUUUUCCUUGGCUUUGGACGAAAGCACGGACAAUCGUGAUACAGCGCAAUUACUCAUUUUUGUGCGGGGAAUAGAUCGAGAAUUUACAAUAACUGAAGAGCUCGCAUCUUUACAGAGCAUGAAAGACCGCACAUCUGCAGAUGACCUUUUUGAAGAUGUUUUGCAGUGCAUAACAAAGUUGAAUUUAAAUUGGAAAAAUCUUUGCGGACUAACAACAGAUGGUGCACCAAGCAUGAUUGGUUCAAAAAAUGGAUUAGUCACAAAAAUUUUGCAUCAAAUGGCCACUCAAAAUUUAGAACAGCCAUUGCCUGUUCAUUGCAUUAUUCAUCAGCAGGCGUUAUGUUGCAAAGUACUCGAAAUGGACCACGUCAUGAAUGUUGUUAGAGACAUUGUGAACUUUAUUCGUUCCCGUGGCUUGAAUCAUCGGCAAUUCCAAGCAUUUUUGGAAGAAGUCGGUAGUGAAUUUUCCGAUGUUCUUUACCACAACCAGAUACGUUGGUUAAGCCGAGCCCAAAUGGAUGAAGCUGUAGUUCAGGAAAAUUUUCAAAUGGAAAUAAUAGAACUGAAAACUAAUACUUUACAGAAGGACUUGUACGAAGAAAAUCGAAAGAAUUUACCAAACUUUUACAAAAAUCUUGACGACGAUAAUUUUCCUGAAUUAAAAAAACUGGCUCAACGUGUUUUUACAAUGUUUGGAUCAACAUAUCUGUGUGAACAAACAUUUUCAAGGAUGAAAUGUAUUAAAAGCAAAGAAAGAUCUCGCCUUACAGAUGAUCAUCUUCGUUACUUACUAAGGGCUGCCACUACAAAAUUUGAACCUGACAUCAAGAAGUUGGCGCUACAAAAACAACCUCAAGUUUCACACUGA